GGGUGUCCGUCCGCACGGUCCCUUGGCCCCCCUGUGCACCCAACCAGGGUCGGGUCCUGGGCAGGGUGGAUGAGGGGAUGUGCCCGUGGCUAUUCUGGUAGCUGUGAGUUAUGGCAGCGUCAUGUGAAGAAAAGAGCCCAGAAAUGCAUGUCAAAUCGAACCAGUGACUAAUCAUGAUAUUUUGGUUGUCUUAAUGCCUGCUGGGCAAAGAUUACGGGCUUAGAAAAUCUUCAUGUUAUAAUCCCCGGGUGCUGGUUUGAUCUUCAGCAGAGGCUUCGUAAGAGAGUGUGAAAAGAGGAUGAAAAGGGGGCUGCUGCCCCAGAGGCAACAAGGUCUAACCUUAUCCGAGCUUGCAAUACAAACAAGAGAGGAGAAAAUCCAGUGCUUCCUUCUCAUCUGUGCCUGCUCAGAGCUAUGCACUGGCAGCCAGAGAGGAUCUAUUUGAUCUGCCUGCAGAGCAAGAAGGAUCGAGGGCGGCGGCUGAGCAGACACAAAGUUUCCCUUGUUGGGAUUGUCAUCUAGCUCCCUCAUCUGUCACCUGAUGGCCAGCCAAGCAAGUGCUCAGCACAACCAGGGACCAUUCAUCCUUGCACAAGCAACCGAGACGAGAAAAUUGGAGAUCUGCUGGGCAUUCAAGCAAUGACCAUUGAGGAAGGCAGGUGUUUCAAUAUCUAAUUGCAUUUUAGCUUUAAUAACUCAAGGGGAAAACGUUGCAUUGCCUACCAUGAGCUAUUUCCUCUCCUACUGCAAAGCACACUGCACUGCUGUUCUCGCCCAAUACCAGAGCCUGAGAUCUGAGGGCUUUCUGUGUGAUAUUUUGCUGAAAGUGAAGGAAAACGAGUUUCCUGCACACAAGUCCUUGUUGGCAUGCUCCAGUGACUAUUUCCGAGCCAUGUUCAAAAAUUAUACACAAGAAUCUAAAGCCAGUGUAAUUCACCUGCAAGUUGUGUCACCCACCGGUCUCCAGCACAUCCUGGAUUUCAUUUACACAUCUUUGUUGCCCCUUUCCUUUGAAAGCCUGGAAGAUACCUUGGAAGCUGCAAGCUACUUGCAAGUGACUGAUGCCAUUGGCUUGUGCGAUCAGUAUUUAGUUAACAAUCUUGCUCUGGAAAACUGCUGCUUCUCUGCUAACGUGUCCAGGAAGUUCUACCUGCCAGACACCUUAGCAGCAACAGAAAAAUACAUUGUCAAUAAUCUCUGGAAGCUGCUGGACUUGGAUUUGUCAGGACUGCUCGAUCUGAAUUUCAGUUCUUUGCUAGAAGUUGUUAAAUCACCAGAUCUCCCUAUGGUGAAAGAACCUUGCCUGCUGAAUCUUGUGUUGCUGUGGCUGAAGCAGGAUAAAUCCAGGCUGGCUCACACAAGCAGCCUUUUAGAGCACAUAAGGUACGGCCUCAUCCCAGUGGAAGAUCUGAGAAAAACCUACACACAGUCAGAAGUGCCCCUCUCAGCAAGUAUUAAGUGCUUGAUCAUUAAAGCAAUUAAUUACCAUACAUCUCUUUUCAAACAGCCCGUCCUGCAGGAUAAAUCCACCACUCUGAGGAACCAGAAAACCCGGAUCAUUCUGCUUGGGGGAGGGACAGCAAGUGAGGGGCUUACUACUGAUGUGGUGGCCUUUGAUGUUUACAAUCACAAGUGGCGAGCUCUCACGCAGAUGCAGGACAGGGUGCAGAACCACAGUGUGUGCGUGGUGGGGAAUUUCCUCUAUGUCUUGGGGGGGGAAAUAGAAAGCAGUGCCCUGGGUGACACUAAAACCAGGAAGAUCUUAUCGGUUACGAACAAGGUCCAUCGGUAUGACCCACGAUUUAACACGUGGACCCAGAUCACGGGCAUGCUGGAAAAGAGAUGCCAGUUUUCCUGCUGUGUCCUGGGCAAGGAUAUCUUUGCCAUUGGUGGAAAGGGUGAGGAUGGGUUGCUGCAUUCGUCUGUGGAAGUCUACAACAUCAGCAGAGACAGAUGGACGAAGGCUAGGGAAUUGCCAUGCAAGAUACAUGGGCAUGCCAGUGCCAUUUGCAAGAAUACUAUAUACAUCUCGGGUGGGAAGUACUCAGACCCAGCCAACACGAGCAAGGACUUAUAUUCUCUGAGCUCACCUGAAGGGCAGUGGAAGGAACAAGCCCCCAUGAGCAUUGCUCGGUUUGGGCAUCAGAUGGCAACUAUCAGAGAUGCCAUAUUCACCUUUUUAGGAUUAUAUGAACCGUUCUCUGAAAUAGAAAGAUAUGACCCUGAUCAAAACCAAUGGACUCGGCUGAGGCCAUUGAUCUAUGAUCGAUUUUGCUAUGGCCUGGCAGUGAUAGAGGAAACAGCUCUUCUGAUCGGAGGAAAGAAAUGGCAAAACUCACAGGAAGUCCCCACACAAGAUGUGGUUGGCUAUGACAUUGACAACGAUGGCUGGGAACAGAUCUGCAAAGCCCCCUUGCCUUGGUGUGGGCUGCAGUGUGCAGUGCUGGAGCUCUCUGAACUGGCUGAUGAGCAGGAUGGCGACAGUCAGCAGAAAAGACCCCCAAACUGCUGAGCUCACACGCCAUGGAAUCAGCAUCCCAGGAGAUGAGCCAGCCAGGGUGCUUCUGGAGAAGAAGAAGAAAAUUGCAAUGGCACUGAACGUGACAGGGUGGAGGCUUUGCUUCGAUGGGCCACAUGCUUGGGAGAAACAAGCAAGAAAGUCUGUCGCCAGCAUGGGAAAAGGUGCUGGGAUCUAUAAAGCUGGAAGCUGAUCUCACCAAGGGAAGAUCUAGCAAGCAAGCACCACGUUUAGAGGUGACAAGCAAGAGUCAUAAUCCCUGACUUUUGAAGAAUAACACCUGGAUAGCAAUUAAGAGGUGUUGCAAGCCAAAUUUUUCAAAGGUUAAAAAAUAUAAACCAUCUUUUCUGUUUCCUUAAUCAGAAGUAAUUUUCCCAGCUGUUAAGUGCUAUUGAAUUUUUACGCUAUGGCUUAGAAAAAUGAAAGUGACCUGUAUAAAGACUAGAAAAUUGAUGCCUAUGAGAACUAAUAACAAGUACUGCCAAGGAAAAGGUAUUAUUUGAUAUCCUGCAUACUGGGCAGGAAUGCCUUAGCUAACCAGCAUGAAAUUACUGGACAGAAAGCAUGGAUUUUUUUGAUAUGAAGACUCAGUCAUGGCCAGAAAUUAAAACAGUGACUGUUUGAUAGGAGCCAUUUCUCUCUGAGAGACCUUUGUUGUAGCAUGCCUUUCAAAAGCUUGUUUUGCAUUAUUUUAAAUGCACACACUAAGGUACAGUACGUUUCUUCUUCAUCCAAACCUUGUGUUAGUUUAGACAUCCAGAGCUGAAGGGGUAUAUUUCUUAUUUGAUUCUAGGAAAUAAAUUACAGGAGUUAUUGUAA